CCUACAAGUGCUUGGACUGUGGGAAAAGUUUCAUGCGGAGGUCAGACCUUGUUAAACAUCAGGCAAUUCACACCGGAGAGAGACCUCAUAAGUGCCUAGACUGUGGAAAAAGUUUUAUAUGGAGGUCAGGCCUUGUCAGACAUCAGGCAAUCCACACUGGAGAGAAACCCUACAAGUGCUUAUACUGUGGGAAAAGUUUCAUACAGAGGUCAGGCCUUCUUAUACAUCAGACAAUCCACAGCAGAGAGAGACCUCAUAAGUGCUUAGACUGUGGAAAAAGUUUCAUACGGAGGUCUGGCCUUGUCAUUCAUCAGGCAAUCCACACUGGAGAGAGACCAUACAAGUGCUUAGACUGUGGGAAAAGUUUCAUACAGAGGUCACACCUUCUUAUACAUCAGGCAAUCCACACUGGAGAGAGACCUCAUAAGUGCUUAGACUGUGAAAAAAGUUUCAUACGGAGGUCAGGCCUUGCUAAACAUCAGCUCAUCCACACAGGAGAGAAAUCCCAUAAAUGUUUGGACUGUGGGAAAAGUUUCACACAUAGAUCAUAUCUUAUUGCACAUCAGGCAGUCCACACAGGUGAGAGACUCCACAAGUGCUUAGGCUGUGGAAAAAGUUUUAUACAGAGGUCAGUCCUUGUCAGACAUCAGGCAAUCCACACUGGAGAGAGACCCCACAAGUGCUUAGACUGUGGGAAAAGUUUCAUACGGAGGUCAACCCUACUUGAUCAUCAGGCAAUCCACAUUGGAGAGAGACCCCAUAAGUGCUUAGACUGUGAAAAAAGUUUCAUACGGAGGUCAGGCCUUGCUAAACAUCAGCUCAUCCACACAGGAGAGAAAUCCCAUAAAUGUUUGGACUGUGGGAAAAGUUUCACACAUAGAUCAUAUCUUAUGGCACAUCAGGCAGUCCACACAGGUGAGAGACUCCACAAGUGCUUAGGCUGUGGAAAAAGUUUUAUACAGAGGUCAGUCCUUGUCAGACAUCAGGCAAUCCACACUGGAGAGAGACCCCACAAGUGCUUAGACUGUGGGAAAAGUUUCAUACGGAGGUCAACCCUACUUGAUCAUCAGGCAAUCCACAUUGGAGAGAGACCCCAUAAGUGCUUAGACUGUGAAAAAAGUUUCAUACGGAGGUCAGGCCUUGCUAAACAUCAGCUCAUCCACACAGGAGAGAAAUCCCAUAAAUGUUUGGACUGUGGGAAAAGUUUCACACAUAGAUCAUAUCUUAUGGCACAUCAGGCAGUCCACACAGGUGAGAGACUCCACAAGUGCUUAGGCUGUGGAAAAAGUUUUAUACAGAGGUCAGUCCUUGUCAGACAUCAGGCAAUCCACACUGGAGAGAGACCCCACAAGUGCUUAGACUGUGGGAAAAGUUUCAUACGGAGGUCAACCCUACUUGAUCAUCAGGCAAUCCACAUUGGAGAGAGACCCCAUAAGUGCUUAGACUGUGAAAAAAGUUUCAUACGGAGGUCAGGCCUUGCUAAACAUCAGCUCAUCCACACAGGAGAGAAAUCCCAUAAAUGUUUGGACUGUGGGAAAAGUUUCACACAUAGAUCAUAUCUUAUGGCACAUCAGGCAGUCCACACAGGUGAGAGACUCCACAAGUGCUUAGGCUGUGGAAAAAGUUUUAUACAGAGGUCAGUCCUUGUCAGACAUCAGGCAAUCCACACUGGAGAGAGACCCUACAAGUGCUUAAACUGUGGGAAUAGUUUCAUACAGAGGUCAGACCUUGUUAAACAUCAGGCAGUCCACACUGAAGAGAGACCCUAUGAGUGCCUAGACUGUGGAAAAAGUUUCAAACAGAGGUCAGCCCUUGUCAGACAUCAGGCGGUCCACACAGAAGAGAGACCCCAUAAGUGCUUAGACCAGAGGCUAAGGAAUCACGAACACAUUUCGUUCCAGAUGGUCCCAUCUUCCAGGAGACAGGGGAAGGGAAAUGUCUGUGAUGGAGACAGCUCAGACUCAUAG